GCGUACUGCAAAAAAAAAAAAAAAAAAAAAUCAGACUUACUGUCUUCAUUCCCCAAACUGCUCCUCCUCCUUGUCUCUCAGGUCAGAACACUACCAGUUAUUCAUUUAUCAGGUUUCAGCUGCUCUCUCUCCACCUCUCCCAUGAAAUUCACCUCCUAAAUCUUUCUAAAUUCAGGGUUCUCUAUCCCAAGUAUCACUUCCAUGUUGGUGGGUUCAUGUAACCUGAGUUGCUACAGCAGCCCUUAACUUCCAACUUAUUCCCUCCACCGCUGCCUUUCUAAAAUGCAGGUCUAGUCAUGUUACUCAGCGAACUUAACGAGCACCCAGAGACCUCAGCAUCUGACCCUGCCUGCCUCUCUAGCCUAACCUCCCAGACCCUGUACUUUACGCUCUGGCCAUACCAAACUGCUUGCGGGCCCCUCACACUGCCAACCUUGCCUAAAUGACUGGGUUCAAACUCACUCUCCCCUCUGGCUCUUCCAUUCAGAACCAUCACUCCCUUCUCUCCCACUGCAGUACCUGCACCUGUGCUUGUGUGAGGUGGUGGUUUAGAAGUAUUGUCUUUGGCCAAAACCAGCACUCACCAUUUAUUUCAUUAUUUACCAUGUCCUUCUGAUUGUGCAGCACUCUACCGAGGACAGUGGUGCAAGUGGGCCAGUGGCCCUGCCUCCUGAUGGGUGAUCUGACGCCUUUGACUCGCCGUUACCUAUGCUUUUCCACUAUUCAUGCAUCAUUUCAUAACUAAAGCAAACUGGAAUCAUGUACAGAAUGUGCAAUCUAAAUAAAUGUUCAUCUUUUUUUGUAGAGUUGGUUGGUAAUAAUGAUAAUCUUAUGUCAAUAUGGCUUAUUUUUCUUAACAGUUUUCUUAUCACCAUCCAUACAUAUUUCCCUUCCUGUGCACAGUGCCUUUAGCCUGUAAUGUAACUAAUUAAUAAAUACAACUUUAUUCUUUGUCUGAGGCUUAAGAUAAUUGAUCCAAAGGGAAACCUAUGCAUGUGGUAUUCAGGAGCCAUUAAAGUGGUUGCUGAGGAAAAUGAAUAAAAUUAUUAUAUUUUUGGAUGGGGGUGGGGCAGUGGUAGAAUUUCAGAGAAAGGAAAUACAGAUAGGUGAAAGAGCAGACUAGGAACUAGGGAGAGAUCAUGAACUCGCUUUGGAACAUGGUCUGUGAAAGUAGACAGGAGGCAGCCUUUUUAUAAGCACUUGAUGCUAGGUUAGAGAUGAAAGUGUUUGCAGGUGAGAUUGUAUUAAGUAUAAAAUGAAGAGGAUCUAGGACAGAACAUAGGUAAACACAGAGUGGGUGACCCAAGAGAAACUAGAGAAAGAUGAACUUGACAAGUACGAGGAGAACCAAGAGAAAGAUAUUCCAGAAACCUAGGGAAGAGUGAAGCUUUGUGGUGUCAUGAGUUGUAGGAAUAAGGGCUAAAAAGAGACCACUAACUUUGGCAAGUAGGUGAUCAUUAACUUCAGCAAGAGCAUUUUAGCAGAACGGUGAGGAUGGAGGAGGCCUGACUGCAGUGAGUUGAAGAAUGACUGGAAAAUAAAGAAGUGGAGUGUGUACAUAUAGACCAUGCUUCCAGAACAUUUCUGUUCCUUUUGGAUUGGAAGUGGAGCACAUACAAAUGAAAAACCUGAGCGUGUUUAUAAGCUGAGAUAAGGAGAGGGGAAGGUUGAUUAAACAUAUAUGAACACAGAUGUCUGCAGAGUUUGAGAAGGAAAUGAGAUCAACAGCCAGGAGGGAUGGGUUUGCCUGGUAAAGGCACAGGGACACCUGUUUCUCCAAGACAAAAAGGAAGAUAAGAAGUAGUAAAGGCAGGCAUUUGUGGAGGGGAUGAAAAAGAAGUUGGGAGUAUUCGUACUGGUAACAUCUCUCUUCUGGGUGAGGUAGGGGGCUAUGCUGUCUACUAAGUGUGACUAGGAGGAAGUGGGAAGGGAUUUUAGGAGAGUGAUAACACCCUGGAUUGUCAGGAGUGAAUCAGACUAGGAAUAAAUAAAACUAGGUCAAUUUAUAAUGUCCCAGUAGAGGAUGAAAGUGAGACAUUUGUGAUGACUCCAAGUCGGCAUGGCUAUAUUGAUGAGCUUUAGUAGUGCUUAUUCAUUCCGGCACAGGACUAGAGAGUGGCUGGUUAAACUAAUCCAGGUUGUGGAGUCUGCUUCCCGCUGACUCUGAAGCAGGCAAAUCAAGGACUUCGUUACAGAAUUCACGAAAUGUUAAGUACUAUACUCACUAAAUAUCUCUUCCUUUGUAUCGAAUAGCCCCAACUCACAGUCAUAGGUUGACACAGAAGUCAUUGGGUAAAUACUGAAUUCUGGAAUGUAGGUCCAGACUUCUGGUGCUCUGUUUGAUGCUAACAGGCACUUCCUACUCAAAAGUAGAAGUUGGAAAAUAAAAGCAAAUAGAUUUUCUAAUCUAUUCUUUGGUUGCAUUCAGCCCUAGAAAUUUUUUUCUAAUUUUAUUAACAGCAUUUGAAUAUACUUUUAAAGUGCAUUCGGUAAGAUGUAACAAUGUCUCCACUGAGUGGGGAAAGGAUCACCAGGUGUUGGGAAAGCAUGAAACUCGCAGCAGCUGGUCUGUGUACUACAAUUCAGUCUCUUUAAGAAUGCCUAAUGUGAUUCCCAGUGUUAAAACUUGUGAUGAUUUUAUGAUUAAGUGAUAAAUUCAGGCCAUACAAGAUAAGACUUGAAAAAGCCACUCAAAAUAGUUAUGGCAACAUCAGUGUCUUUAAGACAUCAUUCCUUAUUUCAACAAAUGCAUGUGCACAUCCUUCCCUUUAACAGCUAGUGUACUUCAGGAAACUAAAACACUCUCUAAAGCACAUUGAGAAGUCACAUGCCACUGGCCCCAUUUAAUUGGUUCACAAUUUUUCCUGCUUGAUACUGAAACCGAAGAAGAGAUAGUGUUCACGAUUAACUAUUCUCUGUGAAUGGGGAUGUGUGUGGAUCGAAAGAAAAAUUAUUAUAUGCUCUGGAGUUAAUCUGGUAAGGAAGAGAAGACUAGCUUAGGAGGGUUCUCAUGCCAGGCUCAAACUGUUGGCGGAAAGUAAUUGUGAGUCUGUCAACACGUCACGCAGUGACCUGGGGAAUGGAGGUUGGCAGGUUGUCGGGCCAGGUAUCAGCUGUGAGGUAAGAGGACUGCAGCCAGAGAGAUGGCUACAGACGCGUUGGGUUUUAUUUGUGUCCACCUGGUGGCAGUCCUACAGGUAAGGCUUGGUGGCGGCUUUAAUGAUAACCCAGGUUGGGCCAUCCUUUUGCCUAGUUCUGAGCAUGAAGGAACUAUCAAGAAGCAAACAGAAGAGAAAGGUGUGCACACGUGAUUUUGUAUGUAAUUUUCUUUCUUUUUCUCUUUUAGCAGCUGAAAUGCAUAAAAGCAGGGGGCAGAGUAGAAGACAUGGGAGAAGGAGCUACCGACACAACCCUUGGUUCAGACAGCAUGGUUCUAAUGAGAGGAAUAAUACAGGGGCACAGCAAAGCCCACAGGGUUGCAGCCAGAGCGAUGAUGAGGCCCCGUCGACCUCCUCCAGCACAGCUGGCAGUUCUUCUGUGCCAGAGCUACCAGGUUAUUACUUUGACCCUGAAAAGAAACGCUACUUCCGCUUGCUCCCUGGACAUAACAACUGCAACCCCCUCACGAAGGAGAGCAUCCGGCAGAAGGAAAUGGAGAGCAAAAGGCUGCAGCUGCUAGAGGAAGAGGACAAGCAGGGAAAGAAAAUAGCCAGGUUGGGAUUUAAUGCAUCUUCCUUACUACAAAAAAGCAAGCUGGGUUUUCUCAACGUCACCAGUUACUGCCGUUUAGCCCAUGAGCUGCGAGUGAGCUGCAUGCAGAGGAAGAAGGUCCAGAUUCAGAGCUUGGAUCCCUCCGCUUUGGCAAGUGACCGAUUUAACCUGAUACUGGCGGAUACCAACAGUGAGCGGCUCUUCACCGUGAACGAUGUCAAAGUCGGGGGCUCCAAGUACGGCAUCAUCAGCCUGCGUGGCUUGAAGAUCCCCACGCUCAGGGUGCACAUGUAUGAAAACCUCUACUUCACCAACCGGAAGGUGAACGCUGUGAGCUGGGCCUCGCUGAAUCACCUGGAUUCCCACAUUCUGUAUCUUUUGGCAGGUGAAGAGGUUUGGUGGGCCCGGCCAUGCCCUGAUGUAGACCGGGGCAUCUGUGGGGUUUGUGAGAUGGUGUUUUAGUGUCCAGAGGUCUAGGCCAUUAUGCACGAAUGUCUCACCUUGUAGGAAAGAGCGGUGCACCCACUAGAAAACAAGGAUUCCCAUGGAUCACAGAGAAGUAGCUGAGGUCCUGGAAUGAUGUCAGUGUUACCAGGUGCCAGACACUGUUCUGGAACUUGAGAGUUGGUGCUUUAGCAGAGGAACAAAGCAGAAAGGAACAGUAAAGCCUUGAAAAGGAACCCCAAAUCCUCCUGAGGCAGAGGAGGAGGAGCCUCCCAAGGCAGGGAGGCUGAGGGCACACACCAGAGAAGGGUGUUCCUUUGACAUCGGACUGGGAGUGUGGGCUCUGGGCCUAGGUUCCCUGCCCAGAGAUGGCCUUCUUUAGAGCACUCUUCAUUCUAGUCUCUUCCUUCCCUUCCCAGAGAGCCAUCUGGGCUUUGUAGGAGCACACAGUACAGUGUCAGGGUAGCUGGGAUCCCUGGGGUCUCGUGAUGAUGCAGAGGACAGCUGUCCAUCGUGUCCUUCAUGGAGUGAUAUUGUUUGACCCAAAGCCACAUGUUAAUGAGUCUUGUUGUGGUUCAUUUCCAUAAUAAAUCAGUUCGCUCACAUAAAUGAAACUAUGUGACCACUUGUCAUACCUAACGCCAGCUUCAGAGUUGUCAUAAGGUCAACUAGUUAACAUCUGUCAAUACACUUAACACAGUGCUUGGCCAUGUCAUGGGUCCUCAACAAAUGAUGCCUGAAUUGGAAUCUGUUGGUUUAGGGUUUUUUUUUGUUUUGGGGGGUUUUUUUGGUUUGUUUGUUAUUUUAUUUAUUUAUUUGGCUGCACUGGGUCUUAGUUGGCAGCACGUGGGAUCUUUUUUUUUUUCUUUCUUUUUUUUUUUUAAGUUGUGGCAUGUGGGCUCUUAGUUGCCGCAUGCGGGAUCUAGUUCCCUGACCAGGGAUC